UGAUCUUUUCACUCUCUGAUCGUGAUACUCGACCACGUUAUUUAGCGAGUAUUAAUUUAUUUGCAGUAUUUGUAUUUCUAGCUAACAUUUUCAUUUAAAAUGGCUCCUGCUGCAAAACAGGCUAAAGCCGCUGGUGGUGAAAAAAAGCCUGCGGCUAAAAAGCCGCAGGCUCAGCAACCUGCCAAGGCUAAACAAGAAGCACCUAAGCCAAAAGCUGAACCUAAAGCUCAGCCUAAAAAAGCUGAACCAGUAGCUGAACCCAAACAAGCUAAAAAGGACACCAAACAAGUUCCCAAGGCUCAACCUGCCCAAGACAAGAAACCUGCAAAGGAACAACCUAAGAAGGAAACAGCACCUGCUCCAAAGAAGGUUGCACCAAAAGGAACUCAAGAUAGUAAGAAACCUGCUCCACAACAACCAUCAAAGGCUAAUUCUAAAGCUGAACCAGCUAAGGAUAAACCUAAGGCUGCCAAAGCUGAUCCUAAAGCUAAAAAAGCGGAACCAGUGAAAGCUAAAGAGCCCGAGGUAAAGCAAACUAAGAAAACUCAACAACAAGCAGCACCACCUGCUAAGGGUAAGAAAGAAGAACCCAAAAAGGUCAAAGAAGAACCCAAGAGCAAAGCCACUAAACGUCCAGCUGAAGAAGUUCCUAAGGCCGUUAAAAAAGAUAAAAAGGAACCAGUUAAAGUUGAAAAGAAAUCUGAACCAGCUAAAGCUAUUAAAAAAGAACCUGAAUCUACCAAGAAAACGGUUGAGAAAAAACCUACUACCGAUAAAAAACCAGUUGAAAAAAAACCAGCCACUUCUGCUCCUGCUCCAGCCAAAAAACCUUUGACUGCUGCUAUGACCGUUAAGAAAACAGUAGCUCCCCCUACAUUGAAGAAAGCACCUGGUGCACCAAAAAAAAUUGCUCUAACGAAAAAAGCUACCACUGUACAGAAAAAGCCUAAAGCAACUUUAAGAGGAAAAGGAACUGCUUUGAAAAAGAAGAAGGAAACUAGAAAAAUGACAAUCGACUGCACUCAUCCUGUGGAAGAUAGUAUAAUGGAUGUCAAUAACUUUGAAAAGUUCCUUCAAGAAAGGAUGAAGUAUAAUGGAAAAACUAAUAACUUUGGUAAUGUUAUUUCCUUGGAAAAGACAAAAACCAAAAUUAUUGUCAAUUCUGAUGUACCUUUCACGAAGAGAUACUUGAAAUAUUUGACAAAAAAAUAUUUAAAGAAAAAUAAUUUAAGAGAUUGGCUGAGAGUUGUUCAUAGUGGACCAGACAGCUACGAACUUAGAUACUUCCAGAUCAAUAACGCUGAAGAUGAUGACGAAGAGGAUAACGCUGAUUAAAACAAAUUUUAUUUUUAAUUGUUUGACUCCUUGUACACAUCUUAUUAAUAAUAAAAAAAAGAAAACAAUAA